GGCGUCAGAGACAGUUUAUAAACAGCAGAGACUGAGCAGGGGGAGCAGUGAUCCAGGGCCUGGCCGAAACUUUGUUGUCCACUCUUACGCUUCACUGCAACUUUAUCAACUUUAUUAACCGUCGCAUUUUCCUUCCCGCGCUGACAUGACGGCCACGGGGAGCUCUCCGGCCUUCGACGGGAUCUACUCCCAGCUGAUAGAGGACGAGGGCACUUACGACGAGCUCCACCGCAAGACAGAUGUGAAACACAGCGCUCACCCAGUCUCCCGAGUCAUGCUGCCCUCCGGGCUGAGCGGUUCCAGGCCCUACCGCCUCGCAACCAUCUGCCUGGCUACGCUGUGUGCCAUCCUGCUGAUCUCCAUCAUAGCUGUUACUGCACACUAUAAAAACAAACCUCAGGUCAGUGGCCAAGUGGUACCAGAGAUACAGAAGCAUACGGAAGACAAGAACGUGUCGGAUCUGACCGCUACCAUCAACAAACUGCAGCAGGAGAAAAACCAGCUGCAGAAGGAGAGGGAUGAACUGCUGGCCAAACUGGCUGCUACUAAAGCUCCUCAGGUGAUCAAACCGACAGAGGCCGCUAUCGUCUGCCCCGUGGAUUGGCAGCUCUUCAACAACAGCUGUUAUUUCAUCUCCAGAGUCCGAAGGGACUGGGCAGAGAGUCAGUCAUACUGCCAGAGCAAAGGAGCUCACCUGGCCAUCAUCCACACGGCCGAGGAGCAGACGUUUCUAUGGAAUCUUCUUCCCAGAGGUCAUUGGAACGCCUACUGGUUUGGGAUCACAGAUGCACAGACAGAGGAUCAGUGGAAAUGGGUGGAUGGCACUCUACUGGUCGGAGGUUUCUGGGAGGUUGGUGAGCCCAACAACCACAUCAACGAGGACUGCGGCUACAUUGUGAAAACCCGCGUGUUGACACGAGUGCCGAUAAAGAGCUGGUACGACGCCCCCUGCACAAUGGACUUACCCUACAUCUGUGAGAAAGAAAUGAGCGCCGGUGCCAGUACCGCCAUUCCACACUGAGAUUUCAACGUCACUCUGAUCAUCUGAGGUAAACAAGGGAAGAAGUUUACCCAUCCAGUUGUUCAUCAGGCUAACAACCUGAUGCGUGAAUGGCUGAUAUUUUGCAAGUACAAUUCCACCUACUUUUUUUGAUUGAUUUUGUCCAGGGUUUCUGCCUCUCAGGCAACACACAGGCUGCACUAUCUUCUUGGUGGAGGUCUUUGGGGCUGUUUCCAGAAUUAAAGGUCCCAUUUUUUAUAUUUGUGGUUUUAAGAACCAAAAACCAUCUCAAUGUAGUUUCACAUCUCCUUUCU